AUGCGCCUGGGCAUCUUCCUUGCUGUUGUGUUCCUGGGCAUUCUACACCGGGCCUCGUCGGUCCCGCACGGUGUAUUGCCCCCAAAUGCGUACGCUGUAAGACAUGACACUUCCCCCCAGGUUUCUAAGGCACCAGCCGACGAAUGCAAAAACGUUUCUUCGUCGGGCAGUCAGAAAUGUGGAACAAAGACGGUGACCCACGAGAAGACUGUGAUCCCCAUCGAGAAGACAGGCGAGACCGAAAUCAUAAAUGGCGAGAAUCGCGGCUGUCCCGGCGAUAAAGCUCGACAACUGAAAGGUUGCGUCGACAUUGGGACAACGACUAAAGCUCCUGUUACUUCACCAACAACACCCCCGUCAAGAAAAGACUCCGUGACUAAAAAGCCUGAGCAGUGCAACUUCAACAACUGCAAGCUUCCCAACUGCUUGUGCGAGAGCACGAAACCUCCGGUAGACAACAUGCCCCAGUUUGUGAUGCUGACCUUCGACGACGCAGUCAACCAGGAAAACAUGAAAUUCUACCAGGAGCUUCUUGCAGAUCCCAAGCGCAAGAACAUGGCCAGCGGAUGCCGCAUCGCGGCCACUUUCUUUGUUUCGGGAGACUACCUUGACUACCCGUCCGUGAACGAGCUCUACAGAAUGGGCAACGAAAUUGCGCUACACUCCAUCAGCCACUCUAUAGAUCUAUCUCAAAACUAUUGGAAUGACCUAAACACAACAGGCUGGGAGGCCGAAGUCGUCGACGAGAGGCUGAUGGUGGAGAAGUACGCCAACGUUCCCGCACAAGACAUCAGGGGUCUCCGGGGUCCCUUCCUCUUCACCGGGGGCGAUGCCGGUUUCCGGAUGCUGCACCGUCACCUCGACUACGACUGCACGCUGAUCCACAAGAGGGACGGCCCAGACGACGCCCCGGUCUUCCCAUACACGCUCGACUACGGUUUCCAGAAGCCUUGCAUGGUGCCCAAGUGUCCCAACGACACCUAUCCCGGCCUCUGGAGUGUUCCCCUAAACUAUCUGUUCAGAAAAUAUGAGGAGGAAGGAGUCGAUAAAUACGGGCCCUGUGCGAUGGCGGACGCCUGCCACCCGCCACCGGAAACUUCCAGUGAUACCUUUGAGUACCUAAGGUUCAACUUCGAGAGCUUCUACAACACCAACCGGGCUCCGUUUCCCGUCUUCAUUCACGAGGCGUGGCUCAUGUACGAGGAACGAAAGAAGGGCUACCUAAGAUUCGUGGACUGGCUCAUGGAAAAGGAAGACGUGUACCUGGUCACCGUGUCCGAAGUGAUCGACUUCAUGAGAGAACCCAAGUCCAGAAGCAUUUACGCUCAGCGCCGCUGCACCAAAGAAGACCUGCCCGAGUCCACGUGUCCGAAACAGAAAACUUGCCAUUACCCAACGACGACGCUCGGAAAAGAACGCUACAUGAGGAUCUGCGGAACGACCUGUCCUAAAAACUACCCAUGGGUCAACAAUCCGGACGGCAAUUAGCGCCACCAGAAGCCUUCGCUCCCCCCCCCCCCCCCUCUCUCUCUCCUUGAAAGAUUUAGUUACUGUUUCUGGCGGUUGAUAUAAACCAGCCCAUUGUCAACA